UGCAGAAGGGUUUCAAUGGCAACCAUCACUGAGUUGAAAAGCGCGCUGAGGGAGACCCUGGAGGCCCGCGGGGUCCUGGGACAGCUGAAGGCUCGGGUCCGGGCGGAGGUGUUCAGCGCGCUGGAUGACCCGAAUACCCCGCGUCCGCCGCUCUCCCACGACAACCUGCUGAUCAACGAGCUGAUCCGAGAAUACCUGGAGUUCAACAAGUAUCGGUACACCGCAUCAGUGCUGACCGCAGAAUCAGGUCAGCCCGAAGUUCCUCUGGACCGUGAAUUUUUGGCCAAAGAGCUCAACGUGGCAGAAGAUUCAAGUGCCAGAUCAGUGCCAUUGUUGUAUGGAUUGUUCCAUCAUUUUCUUAGCAGUAAGGAAGAACACAAAGGACAAAUCUUUCUAAAAGGCUCAGCAACAGUUACUUCACAAGAACCACAUGGUCACCGUGAUGCAGAGUCAUAAACAUGAAGCUCAACUGUCAUCUAGAACCAACACACAAGAGGACGUAGCAAGAUCCUAAGUAAACAGUUAAUGCACUGCUGUUGUCAAAGAGGCCAAAUUAGUCUGAUCUUGUUUUUAUUUAGAAGAUUUUUACAUGUUUUCACUUUAUUUUCUUUUUAGCUUUUUAUUUAAUUUAGCUUUUUAUCUGCAUAUCUGAUGUGUCCUGAAUGUAAGCAAUUUUUAUAUUUGUCCAAAUGACUUUGAAUUUGAUUUGAACAUUAAAUUUACUUUUGCUGUAAAAUAGCUGUAUUUUGAUUUUUACACUUACUGUAACUAGCCACUUUACUAGGUACACUUUGCCAGUAUCUAGUUGGACCGCUUUUUGCCAUAAAAAUCUGGAAAUAUUCCUCAGUUUAGUUUAUAUUGAUGUAUUCUGUCAACUAGAGCUGGGUGAUAUUGACCCUGUAUUUCUUGGAUGAAAAGCAAUAUAUGGUAAAUAUUCAUUCAUUCAUUUUUUCAUUGGCUUAGUCCCUCAUCAGAGGUCGCCACAGCAGAGCAAACCGCCAACUUAUGCAGCAUUUGUUUUACACAGUGGAUGCCCUUCUAGCUGCAACCCAGCAAACAACCAUACACAUACAGUGCAUCUGGCAAGUAUUCAUAGCGCUUCACUUUUUCCACAUCUUUUUAUGUUUUAACCUUAUUCCAAAAUGGAUUAAAUUCAUUUAUUUCCUCAAAAUUCUCCACACAAUACCCCAUAAUGACAAUGUGAAAAAAGAUUUUUUGAAAGUGUUGCAAAUUUAUUAAAAAUAAAAAACCUGAAAAAUCACAUGUACAGAGCUAUUCACAGUCUUUGCUCAAUACUUUGUUGAAGGACCUUUGACAGCAAUUACACCCUUGACAGCCUCAAGUCUUUUUGAAUAUGAUGCCACAAGCUUUGGGUCAUUGUCCUGCUGGAAGAUGAACCGUCGCCCCAGUCUGAGGUCAAGAGCACUCUGAAGCAGGUUUUUAUUCAGGAUGUCUCUGUAGACUGUGGUCAUAUUAUUUUUGAAUUGCUAUUGCCUUGCUAUCACCUCCAAUCUGGUAAUUUGGACUUCCGACAUCAACAAUAUUUGCUUUUAAGGUGCCAUAGAAGAAAAAUCUGGAUAUACCUAGCUAAAGAAUAAGAGUUUAGUAAAUGGAAAUGGCUGUACUGUGAUCCUCAAACAUCAUUGUUUCUUUGCUUUUAUUGUACAUCCCACAAGUGAAACACGCCCAUUGACAAAACACAGACUAUGGCCAUCCACACAGAGAGAUUAGCCACAACAUUUUCUAUUGGGAUUACAGCAAUUCAUUUUUCUCCAGAUUUUUGCAUUCAUCCCAGCUUGAUUUAUACUUGAGUUGUAUGUGGGACUCUUAUUUUGAAAACAGAAACAGGCUUUAAGGAAGAGUAAGCGGUUCUGUGAAGCAUCCAACCAUGCAUCACCACAAAGUCUCUCAUCUGUUCAUAGCACUUUAGAACACAAAAUGCAGGAUCUACAGAUUAAAUAUUUAUUCAGUGCCGCCCCAAAGAGGCAUAAGGUCUGUUUCAAUGUAUAUUUUGUUAGUUUAACGUGUACAUAGUAGCGGAUGGCAAAUCAAGGCUUCAAGAAACACUGAAACAGUUGAAGCAAAUGUGUCGAAGCUUCAAAACGUUUUGAAACUCAUGUCUACAGUGACACCUAGGGGUCAUUUUUUAUGUAAUGCUCUGGAACAGCUUCAGCAAAGAAUCAGUAAAGCAAAUUGAGGUAUUAAACCUCAUAUUGUAGAUUUGAGGUUUCAAGUGAUUUAGUGGAGCGGUGAGAGUUCCUGACUAGCAUGCAGAGAUAAUGGGUUUGAAUCCAGAGUGAUGCAGCUGUAAAUGUUAGUUUUGAAAUGCUCU